UAGAAUAACAAGAUUCCUAUGAGUUCAUAAAAGUAUUUUAUCCUCCGGGCAGUUCUUAGAGCACAUGACGACAGUUUAGCAGUUUAAUUGAAUCGGUCUGGGUUGCUAAGCUAACACGAAGUGAACAUUGUAGCGGUAAACUGAAGUAUUAGGGCUGAGAGUGGACAGUUUCAUUUCCUGUAACGUGACUGAGGAUGAUAUGAUGGCUGUGGGGGAUCCCAUUCUCCUGUCAAGUCCUGAUACCUUAGUGUGAAUAAUCUGGUGCAGCCACAUUUCUUCCUGCAGCAGUAUAUGAGAAAAUGACGGAAAAACACCUCCUGAUGAACCAGAGACUUAAGAUUCAUCUUGAAUUACGUAUACUUCACACCUGAAAACAUCUAAACCUGCAGCACAACCACAAGUCAAUGUUUUCCUGCUUACCUCCAGCCCAGAUGAGAGGCCCAGACAUUUGCCAUGGAAGUAGUGGUUACUGUUGGUCUGGCUUUAUCAAGAACUGGUUAUCUGUUUAGUUGGAGUUGACCUUGAAAAUCACCAACUUUGGGUCAGCAAGAGGAGGAGGAGCUUUCAGCCAUUCAUUUAUUAGUUUUCUCAACUGUCAAAUUGUUUACUGUGAUCACCCAAAACUCUGCCACAAAACCAGCCUUUAGAAAUAAGGACGACAUCGCUGGUUUUUACCAUGCCAACCAACCAGUCCUCCCCCUGGGGUGGAGGGAAGCUUGUGGCUUGUUCUAGUGCAGAUCAUCCCAACACCACAACCCCUGUAAGUGCACAAGCCAAGACAGUUAGAGUCACAAAAGUGCCUUAUAGUUAUGUCUCCUUUGAGCUAUCCAGGAAGAAUGACCAAGCCAAGUCACCGGUGGUUGCUGUUUGUGAAAAAGGCGAUGGCACCUUCACCGCUGUGUCAGAUGGAAUUCUAACCCCAAACAAACUGCUGGUACCAGGGCUGAAGCAGACUGGCUGCAGCCUAACACAGGCCAGUAACAAGAUGGAAAACCAGGUUGGCCUUAAUGUCCAGCUGCCAGAUACCAUGCCAAAAUCUACAUCGUCUGAGAGCUCUCAGUCUGCAAACAUUUCAGCAGUGGAGAGUCAUCAGGCUGCCACAGGCGAUGCACUUAUGGGACUGGGGGCAGUGUCUCAUCAAGAUCUGCUGAUUAUAGGGAAGCAGGCUUCCCAGCACACCAAGAAGCUGAUGUGUGAGGCUGCAGACUGUUUCUCUUUGCCACCCGUGCCUGACAUGUGCCUUAGUCUUUGUCAACAUCAGGGGCCAGCUGUGGAGAAGGAUGCUUCCAGCCUCGACAGCACAAACGCUGAGAUGAGAAGCACAGGAGGAGAAGCAAAACCUACACAGAGGAGUUAUUCAAUCCCACCAGCAGCAAAAUACGGUCAGACACACAACAGCAGCACAACUUUGUUUGACAUUUCUUUUGACUGUCAGCUCCUUGUGAAAGGUGUUCCUCUCACAGUUUUGGGAGCAACUGCAAUCACCAAGUCCCAAAAAAGAGCAUCACUAGAUCUAACCAAGCAGAUCCCAUGUAGUGUGCUGGGAAGAACCCAGCCCACAUGCAAACGUAUCAGUUCCUUUCCAAACAGUCCCACGCCACCUUUGAAAUGUGCCAGUGACUCAGAAAAGCCACCUCCACCAGACGCUGCUGCAGGAGCCUUGGUGGGCUCAAUGACCAAUCAGAUUUCAGCCAUUCGCCUCACAAGACAGGGACAGCCAGCCUCCACAUCAGAUUUCUUUCCAUCCCUUUCCUCUCCUUCACCGACACAGGAAUCCCUGCUUGAAGAGACUCCCCCUCCGCCUGGCCCAGAGCAUGCUGCACAGGCGGAUGUAGAAGAAGAGGAGCUGGCUGAUGAGCUUGCCUGCAGUGAUGACGACAGCUCCUCCAUCACUGGCACUUCAUCCGGAGGGUGCAUCACUCUCCCCUCCUGCAUCGAGGAGCCAAUGUCGUUGGAACCAGGAGACAGUCAAGAGGAGCAACCAGCACUAGUUCCCAGUCUGUUUCCCCGUAUCCCUCCGACCCUCUACUUCAGCACCGCCAAUGAGAAAGUGGAACUGCUUCCUGCAGAGCAAAGGCGACUGUUAAAAUGGAAGAUGAGCACCGUAACUCCUAAUAUUGUCAAGCAAACCAUCGGCAGAUCACACUUCAGAGUCACAAAGAAAAGCCAUGACUGGCUGGGCUGCUGGGGACACCACAUGAAGUCACCUGGCUUCAAAGCUCUUGGAGAACACCAGAAGCUGAACCAUUUUCCAGGAACAUUUCAGAUUGGGAGAAAGGACCGGCUGUGGAGGAACCUAUCCAAGAUGCAAGUCCGCUUCGGCAAACAAGAGUUCAGUUUUUUCCCCCAGACCUUUGUUCUUCCUCAAGACAUCAAGCUGCUCCGCAAAGCCUGGGAGGAAGGGGGCGCCAAACAAAAAUGGAUCAUCAAACCUCCCGCAUCAGCCAGAGGAAUAGGCAUUCAGGUUAUUCACAAGUGGAGUCAGAUGCCUCGUAAAAGACCUCUACUUGUUCAGAAGUAUCUAGAUAAGCCCUACCUCAUCAGUGGGAACAAGUUUGACUUGCGGCUCUACGUCUAUGUGACAUCUUACAACCCACUCAGAGUCUACAUGUUCUCAGACGGACUGGUUCGAUUUGCUAGCUGCAAGUAUUCGUCUUCCAUGAAGACUCUGAGUAAUAAGUUCAUGCACCUGACCAACUACAGUGUCAACAAGAAGAACUCUGAGUACCAGACCAACAGUGAUUACAAGGCCUGCCAGGGGCACAAAUGGGCUCUGAAGGCCUUGUGGCAGUACCUCGGGUCAAAGGGAGUCAAUACCACCCUGAUAUGGGAGAAGAUUAAAGACAUCGUGAUCAAAACUAUCAUAGCGUCAGAGCCGUAUGUUAACAGCCUGAUGAAGCUGCACGUUCGGACACCUUACAGCUGCCACGAGCUGUUUGGCUUCGACAUCCUGCUGGACGAGAAUCUCAAACCCUGGAUUCUAGAAGUGAACAUAUCGCCUAGCCUUCACUCCAACACGGGGCUCGAUGUUUCCAUAAAGGGUCAGAUGAUCAAAGAUCUCCUGAACUUGGCUGGCUUUCGUAUUCCUUCAAGAGAAGAUGUGGUUACCCCCUGCAGCAGUGCAUCCAGCUCCACCAGCAGUUUGUGCGCAGGGAAUGGAGAGAGGCCCAAAGUGGAUCUGUCUGCUGAUGAGAAGGUCAAAAGAGCCUUUUAUCUGAAACAGGGUGAAGCUAACCGGGACUUGAUGCACACGGUGUUGGAUGUUUUGACUCCAGAGGAAAUCCGGGUUCUGGCAGAGAGUGAAGAUGAGCUGAACCGUCGAGGAGAGUUCGAGCGCGUUUUCCCAUCACCAUCAUCAUCUCGCUACCUUCGCUUCUUUGAGUGUCCAAGAUACCUCAACAUCUUACUGGAUGAGUGGGAGCAGAAGUACUGGAACAACAGGGCGAAAUGUAUCAGCCUACUGAGACCUCUCUGCCAGCAAGGAGUCCAUCUGGGAACCAGUGACCCUGCUCACAUGUGGUGUAAGUACAGCUACAGCUCCAGGUUUGAACACAACAGACAGGACGUGGUUAGCCCUUCCAGAGCCAGGGUGGUGGUCAGCCAUCAGCUCUGGUCUCAACGCAACAGCAGUAUUGACGAGGAUCACCAGCAGUGCCUGGAUCACCAGCAGUGCCUCGGCCCGGCCUCACCCACAGCCUGCUGUCCCAGCAGUCGGCCUAACUCUGAUGAUCUGAUUUCCUAACCCAGAAUACACUGAAAGCUCAGGGUCUGUUUCUUCCCAUCCUCUAACCAGUGCUGUCAUUUAGCCCUCACCAAUCACCAGAAACAGCAAACAAACUGUUGGAGGGAGGGAGUGGAUUUUUAGGGUUUAACCCCCUAUUUUGUCUCGUUUUAAACUAAAGAUUAAUAAUAUAUCAUUUGUUAAGCAUCUCGAAGGUGAGGUGAUGAGUAAUGGCACAGCACUGUAAUUCUUGUGUCUUUAAAAAUGACUGUUGGUUUUUAAAAAGAGUCACAAACAUCUGUGUGGGACUGGGAGCUGUUUGUGUGUCACUGCUAACUUUGGGGGUUUCUCUGGGUGAAGGUGUUACUGGGUGUUUGACAGAAUCUUGUUCUGAUGAUAGUGACUUACAGGGUGCUUGAUGAUCAAAUAUUUACUAAAUGGCCUAUGAUGUGCAAAUUGAUGGUAUUAAAAUUUGAGCAGUUUGACUUGAA